AUGAUGAUGAUGGUGACUGUGCGGCGCCGCGUGGUGUGUAGUCAGCUGAUCCUUGCGCUCUUGUGCUGCUGCUGCUGUUUGUCCGUCUGCGGGACUGCUGUGCCGGCAAAAACCCUUAUGGAUGUGCAUGUUUCUUGUUCAAGGACUGACGGUAAGUUGAUUUGGCGUCUUCCCGGCGAGACGGGUUGGAGAAAGUGUGCUAAUAAGCCUGCAGAAGGUGGAGGAGGAGAGGAUGAGUGUGCACUGGUGUGCAUUGCCGCUGGGUACGUCUACAAAGAUGCGGAAAAUAACGGACUGUGCGCCCCUGGCGGUAGACCGAGUGUUGUUUGGACCAGCAUAGGGAUUUUUUUGAGCGAGAAUAUAAAAAACUGCAGUUCGGCGGCUGCACCGACAGCGGCGGUUGUUGGCCAGGCACAAAGCGGCGUCGGCAGUCCGCCGGGGGAGGCAGCUGAGACACCGCAUAAGAAGUCGCCUGAGCACACAGACGAAGGCGGCUCUUAUCCAAAGCUAAGCGAAAACUUCGCCGUCAGCCUGCUGACAUCCACAGACACGAACGAACAUGUGGCAUCGGCACCCGAAGCUUCCAGUCAGACGCCCUCUUCUCCAUCCGGCGACAACGCAGCCCAGGAAACUUCCCACAACAAUAAUGAGGGCAACAGCCAAGCCGACGUCAAUGGCGGAGGCACCGCCACUGGGAUGCGGGAUCCCGGCGGUGCGGACAGCAGCGACGCCGCCAUUUUGUGGGUGCGCACGCCUCUGCUGCUGCUGCUCUUCACCGCCCUUAUCUGUGCUGCUGUGCGGUGA